AUGGCGGCAGGCCUGAACCUCCAGCCUCAGACCGUCAACGGUCGCCUGAAACUUGACCUGAGUAACCAGGGUCUGACGUCCAUCCCGGAUGAGGUGUUUGAUAUCACUGACCUGGAGUUUCUAGAUGUCUCUAACAACAAACUAACCAGCAUACCGGAAGCAAUCGGCCGUCUGCAGAAACUUUACCGUUUGGACGCUCACGACAACAUGCUGACAAGUUUGCCACAGGCGAUCGGUUCCUUGCAGAAAAUGACGGACCUGUACAUUGAUGGUAAUCAGCUGACGGAGGCGUAUGCUUGCUCCCUAACCUUGAGGUGUUAA